ACGUGCGUGGAACUGCGUGUGCUCGAAACGUAACCGUUGCUCAUUUAGUUCGUGGCUAGUGGCGAUACAUAUAUAACAGGCGUCUGUUCAUGUUCAGCCGAGUGUCAUGAAACGUUGCGGGACUUCCUUGUGUCAGGUGACGUUAGCUCGCAGCUAGCGUUCGUUAGCUAGCUGCACCGAGGCGUCCGUUCUGCACAGGCGUCGAAAACAACCUCUAAACUCUCCGUGUGACACCUGAACCCGCAGGAGUUCAAGUUAUAGUGGCCGCUCACUAAUCGAUAUUGACGACGUAAACAGGUUUCUCCCACACGCUUCAAGGCGAUCCAGCAUGGACUCCAGGUCUCGCAGACUCCCCUUCUGUCUGUCCAGCUCCCGGUCGUCCUACACGCCAAACCCGUCGGUCUCCUCCUCAUCGCUGGCCUCCAGUUCAAUAUACAGUCGGGACACGGCACUGAAUAAUGACUGCUUCCCGAGGGCGUCAUCUGCAUAUAAAACAGACUUGGAUUCGCAGAGUUCCCGUCUCCUGAGUUCAUCCAGAGACUACAGCAGCUCUGACAGUCGCUCUGCCAGGUGGAAGCUGCCCUCUUCUCUGACAUCAUCCUCUAGCAGAUCUUACGAUCGCCCCUGGGCUGAAUCCUCCCUCAGUAGCAGGAACAAACUGACUGAUUCUGAGGGGAGGGUGGGCCUGUGCUCAGGGCUGUUGAACACCAGCGAUGACGGUGAUUCUAAAAGGGCCAAGCUGUCGUAUGGUAACAGAGCACUGUACCCAAGACCAACCAGCACCUCGGUUACUGGUUCGACCUAUUCCAGUAACGUAUCUAGCAGUGGCAGAGGUACAAGUGACAAACAUUACCCUUUGGACUCCUCAUGGAGCUCCUGCCGUUUACUCUCCCGGUCAUCGUCGUCCUCCUCGAAGCCUCUGUUCUCCAGGAGGGAGCAGGAGAUGAAAAAUGAGCCCAGUGUCUCAAACCUGGGAGAAAGAAGAAUUCGGACCCCUGGAUCAGCUCCUUCACUGUAUCAGACAGACCGGAUGGUCUCUUCAUAUGCUCAGGGCGCCCGGCCCAAGGAGACCACCUACUCUGCCACCUACUCUACCUCCUCCUCUGCUAGAGAAAGAACCCUAAAUCCCCACAUUUCUUCUUCCACCUCCCUCCGGUCUUCUCCUGUACUACGGGAUUUUAGCAACAGAACCACAAGCCGGUUUUUGCAUGGCUCGUCCACGCUCUCUUCAUCUCAGGAACAAACGGGAAACUCUGAAUCCUCAGAUAGCUCCUCCUCGUACUCCUCCCAUAGCUCCUGGUACGCCGCACCUUCGGCCAGAGCAGAGCCUGCGCUCUCCCCACGACCGGCCCCCGAGGGUGGAGAGCCCGAGGGCCGUCGCUCCACAAGACGCCUUCUGUCCCGUCUUUUUUCACGGUGCUCCAGUCAAGACUCUAGUGGAUCAUCAAGUGUUCGCUCCCUUGACGAUGACUGCCCAUCAACUAGCGGAGAGUCUGUGGAUGGCGAUGAGGGAGCCAGGAAGUCAAACGUGAACUGUGAUGUUCGAGGGUCAGACUCAAACUUGAGUAGUCUCAGAAGUCGGAGAGCGGACCUAGGCCCGAUCAAAGAAAACACAGAUCCUUACCUCAGUGCUUCAGGUCGGCCCAGAACAGAAAGACCUUGGAGAGAGUCUGGUAACAGUGUUGGUAAUAACACCAGCAGCAGCUCCUCCUGGCUCUCCUCCUCUCUUCGAGGCCGCUGUCCUCCUCUGCUCUCUCGUCUCAGGAGACAUGCUAGGGAUGAGAGCACACAAGCAGCAUCUGCAGGUUUGGAAGAAGGCUGCCAUCCACGCCAUUUACUGAGAAGGUGGGGUGACCUUGAGCAUAAAACAUCACAGGAUGAUGAUGACGAUGAUGAUGAUGAUGAGGAAGAGGAGGAGGACGACGACGAUGAUGAUGUUGAACAAGAGGAAGGGGCAGUUGGUUUGGAGGCCUUGGCAGCGAGUCGUGGUUGUCCUUGUAGCCUCGAGGAUGAAACCUUACCUGAGCUCGAAGAUGCGUCUCUCAGUUUUUCAGCACUGCGAAGAGUUGCAGUGUAUGAUAACGUUUCACUUUCUAUGGCUCCAGCGAAUAGUAGCGAGAGUCACCAGGAUGCCCAGAAGGACAGUAGGGACCUGGAGAAACUGCGCAAGAUCAAGGAGCGACUGCUCCUUGAAGAUUCUGACGAGGAAGAAGGCGACCGCUGCCGAAUCUGCCAGAUGGGGCAAGAGCAGGAAUCCAACCCCUUGAUUCAGCCUUGCCGCUGUACAGGAAGCCUGCAGUACGUCCACCAAGAAUGCAUCAAAAGGUGGCUUCGCUCCAAAAUCGGUUCAGGCACAAACCUUGAGGCCAUCACAACAUGUGAACUCUGCAAGAAGAAGCUGCGCUUGAACAUUGACAACUUUGACGUUCAGGAGUUAUACAGGACACAUGUCCAGUCUGAAUAUGAUGACUUCAUCAGCAGUGGCCUCUAUCUGGUCGUACUGCUGCAUUUCUGUGAGCAGAGGUUCUCUGAUGUCUUAGGAGCUGUCGAUGCAGCUGGGUUAUUCAACCUGGUGAGAAUUCUUCAUGAACACAUGGACAAUCUUGAAAUUCCCCGUGGAGAAAGCGACGAGGAUGGGCAGGACAGCCGGCCUUCUAUCGACUUCUCUGACCUGGACGAGGAUCUGGAAGAAGACUACUGACCUGGUGGAGCGAGGGGCUGCAGGGUUCAUCCAUGCGCUAGCUGAGCUCUGACACUUGGCAGACAUGCUGUGGACAGAACACAUGGCCUUUGCCGUUAUGGAAACUUGAAUUGAGGGAAUUAACUAUUUCUGUUGACACAAUUGUUUCUGUGAGUGCACUUUAUCAAAAUAUGAUUACAUAAAAAAAUGCAAGUCCUUCUAACUGUUCUACCACAAGUGCUUUAUUGUUAAAUAAGGCACAGUGACGCGGGUGUGAUUUGUAUUUGUGAUGCCAAGACAUGCUGAGAGAGGCUAUAUGAAACAGCAAUUAGGUUCUUUUCCCAAUAAAUUAUAAAAAAACAUAUAUUCCACUUUAAGUUUCCUUUACCUUUGUUUCACUGUUUGAAAUGCUUUGUCUGUACAAAUCUAGUUCUUGGCUUUUAAAUUUGGGAAUAAAGACUAAAUGCAAACAGA